AUGAGUGGCACAGGUCCUGGCGAGUCGGACACGAACUACGUCCCUCUCGUUGCUUACAAUGGCACUGCUCCUACUGGCGGCGACUCGCUGAACGACAACCUGAACAUCUUCUACGAGAGCGGCGAUGUAGCUUUCAUCAUCAUCUGUACCGCCUUGGUCUUCUUGAUGAUUCCAGGCGUAGGAUUCUUCUACUCUGGACUGGCAAGACGCAAGUCGGCUCUCUCGCUGAUAUGGCUUUCAAUCAUGGCUACUGCAGUCGUCUCAUUCCAGUGGUUCUUUUGGGGUUACUCGCUUGCCUUCUCGCACAAAGCCGGCAAGUUCAUCGGUGCGCUUGACAACUUCGGGUUCAUGGACGUCCUCGCCCAGCCCUCGGUUGGAAGCUCGAGAGUCCCGGAUCUUCUGUAUGCGGUGUACCAGGGCAUGUUCGCCGCCAUCACUGUCGCUCUUGCCGUUGGCGCUGUUGCCGAACGUGGUCGCCUCUUCCCUUGCGUCCUCUUCAUGUUUAUCUGGACCACAGUCAUCUACGACCCCAUUGCUUGCUGGACCUGGAACCCCUCAGGCUGGCUGUACAUUCUCGGUGGCCUUGACUUUGCUGGCGGAACUCCUGUUCACAUUGCCUCUGGCUGCGCCGCACUUGCAUACUCUUUCGUGCUGGGUCAUCGUAAGGGUCAUGGUACCCAUGAGCUCAACUACCGUCCUCAUAACGUCACUCACAUCGUCGUCGGCACCGUGUUCCUCUGGUUCGGAUGGGUUGGAUUCAACGCCGGAUCUGCCCUCUCUGCCAACCUCCGUGCAGUCAUGGCGACCAUGGUCACCAAUCUUGCGGCUUCCGUCGGCGGUAUUACUUGGUGUCUUCUGGACUACAGGCUCGAGGGCAAAUGGUCGACUGUUGGCUUCUGCAGCGGAGUUGUCGCUGGUCUGGUCGCAAUCACUCCUGGAUCUGGCUACGUUCCUGCUUGGUCCGCCGUUGUCUUUGGUGUAGUCGCUGGUAUCGGCUGCAACUAUGCGACAAAGCUGAAGUAUCUCAUUGACUGUGACGACGCACUGGACAUCUUUGCUGUGCACGCCGUUGGCGGGUUCAUUGGCAACAUGCUUACUGCCCUGUUUGCUGCUGAUUACAUAGCCCACUUGGAUGGAGUUACUGUAAUCAGUGGAGGUUGGCUUAACCACAACUACCGUCAGCUUGGUGUUCAGUUGGCUGGAUCUGUCGCAGGUGGCGCUUAUUCUUUCAUUGGCUCCUUGAUCAUCCUCUACACUCUCAACUUCAUCGGCAAGUAUCUUGCUGUCUUCAGACUCCGCGCCACACCUGAGGAGGAGGACUUGGGUAUAGAUGAUGUCGAAAUUGGCGAGUUUGCUUACGACUACGUCGAGGUGAUGCGUGACGUUCAGCAUGGAGAAUCUGGUAGCGUGUCCAGCGACGAUCGUGAGAAGCCAUCAACUCCUACCAACAACGGCAUGCCAGUCAAGCGCUUCGAAGAGGGAUCGCCAUACCAGCAGCACACACCUCUUGGAGCCAACCCGCCCCCUGCUCACCACACUCCUGAGCCUGUACUUCCUGCUGGAAACUUUGUGUAAACAUGGACGUGUUUCACGGUCUCGACUGAAGCUUGAAUGCAGGAGUUGGACGUUUUGUUUUGUUGAUGAGGCUUACCCCUGCAUAGCAGACAAUUGUUGAUGAAACUUGAUACAAGGACUAUACCCUAGAUUUGCACGUAAUUGAGAGUUG